ACACACACACACACACACACACACACACACUAUAAUGCCGUCAGUGUGUAGCAAACACGGUGUAACAAACUUCAACGCUGCUGUUUAAUACGCUUCAGUGUCGCAGGACUAGCUGGGGAGCUAAAGUGACAGACUGCGGCGCGUGAAUAAAAAGAUCAUUUUACAUAUAGAACAUCACGGUGGCGCGUUCAAGCGAGGCGCGCGCAACUUUUGUAGCACGUAUCCACAAAAAAUAUAAAUAUAUAUAUUUCACUAACAUAUCCCGGUGCAGCUAGUCUGUUAGCUGUACGGUUUUUGGAACAACUUUUUUUGUUUUGAGGCUACUUUUAAGGGACCAUCGUCAAACCUGCAGACGCCAGGAGAGGCAGUGUUGUACGCGGCCCAUUCCCUCACUGCGCCACUUUAAGUGAAAUGGGACGCCUUGAAACCUCCAUGUUUGUAUCUUGAAAAAGUGCGAGCGGAGUUGAGCACCAUAUUGAAUCAAAGUUGCCAUCUCGUCGACAAAUGUUUUUGCAACUUUUUCGGGACUUUAAAAAACUUUCCGGCAGGUGGGGUUGGGGUGGGAGCGGACGACGACAUCCGAAGAGAGUAAUGGCCGAGCUGUAGGGGCGACUUGUUGCGAUGUUUCCCGGUUUGGUUUAACGCAGCACCGACUCAGCGAACAGUCUCUUAACUUUUAAAGUGUGAGGUCAGCACUCUGGACCAGACCUGGAUGUGAUGGACAAUCCGUCUUCAGUGAUCACCCAAGUCAGCCGGGAUGAAGAGGGCAAUAAAGCCGCAGGAGAGAGGGGUUCUUCCCCCUCUCUGUCCUCCAAGAAGCCCAGGAGCAGAGGCUUCUUCUCCAGCCUCUUCUGCUGCCUGUGUCGGGACCAGCCUGAACCCCCACCAGUCAACAACAACGCCCCUCUGCUGGUGGAGGAGAACGGAACUGUCUCCAAGGUGAAGCCACUGCUGCCUCCAGUGAAGUCAAAAGACUCUGGAAAGAUCUGCGUGGUUAUAGAUCUGGAUGAGACAUUAGUUCACAGCUCUUUUAAGCCUGUGAACAAUGCAGAUUUCAUCAUUCCUGUGGAAAUAGAUGGAACAAUACACCAGGUGUAUGUCCUGAAGCGGCCCCAUGUCGAUGAGUUCCUGAAGAGAAUGGGAGAACUGUUUGAGUGUGUCCUGUUCACAGCCAGUUUAGCCAAGUAUGCAGACCCCGUCUCCGAUCUCUUGGACAAGUGGGGCGCUUUCCGCUGCCGCCUGUUCCGGGAGUCCUGCGUCUUCCACCGAGGUAAUUACGUCAAGGACCUGAGCCGCCUGGGUCGCGACCUGAACAAGGUCAUCAUUGUGGACAACUCCCCUGCCUCCUACGUCUUCCACCCAGACAACGCAGUGCCUGUGGCCUCGUGGUUCGACGACAUGUCCGACACCGAGCUGCUGGACCUCAUCCCCUUCUUCGAGAGGCUGAGCAAAGUGGACAACGUCUACACAGUCCUCAAGCACCAAGGGGCCGCAAGCUAACAGCGUUGGACUUUUCAUCUCAGCUCCGAAAAAAAAACGGCAAACAACAACGGAAAUGCACACACCAGCACCGGCUCCAGCACCAGCUCCAGCUAUCACUGCCCACCAGAACACAGACUGCUCCACGGCUAACAGAGCCUUCACCUUCCCAGUAUCAAACCGAGACCACGUUCGGGAGUCUUCAGUGACUUCGACGGCGCCAGGGAUGCCACAACGUGCUCAAACAGAGAACUGCCUGAAAUUUUCCUUGUAACUUCCUCCCCAUCAGCCUACCAUGAACCAGCUGUUGUUGAGUGAAUGAAUGGAUGAAUGUUUUUAAGGACAUUUCUGUGGUGUCACUGACCCUGCAGUAGAGUUAACAAAGCAGAAGUCUGUAGCCACGAAUCCUCUGAACACAGACCGGGUACUGGACAUAGACUUCUCUCAUGGAUUUAGCGGUCCGAUCCUGCAACAGAUGCAGGAUUUGGUAAGCGGGAAUCAAAGUGGAAAGGAAUUCUUUGGAAACAAAUAAACUUGAUCAGUCGUUGUCAUUGAGAAAGAAGAAGGUGUAUACGUACUGUAGAUGUCUUUGGACUAACGUUUGUCACCUGCCCUCAUUUCGUCAGUUAUCACACUAUUUGUCUGCAGUCAGAAGCAUGUGAUCCUUGGGUGUGUCAUUUUAGUGUUUUUAGAGCAAUGUAAUCAGGUAUUUUUAAAUAAUCAUGACAGUGUUAUGGAUGAAUCUGAUCAGAAAAGGUUUCUUCUUCAAAACUGUAAGUGGGUUUCUAAUGUCAGUUAUAAUCAGGAGUUGUUAAAUUCACUAAUAACAAUAUUUAUAAUAUUCUGCAGCAGGAAGCACACAUUUUUGAUCUCUGUGGGAACUUAAUUCAGUGGGGAAACCACUUUAAUCCAUAUAAAGAAAUUGAUCUAUUCAGUAUAAAUUGGUAUAUACCAAAACCAAUGAGCCUUAUUAAAUAAGCCAAGUCCUGUCAGCACUGGAACAGAUGAUGACUGCAGUAUUUUUCCUAAAAACCUGACACUACUAUGAAUAUCAAUCCAUCUGCACAUGACGCUGAAAGAGCAGCUGCUAUGUUUAUCGGAGGAGGAUUUCCAAAGGUGGUUUUAAAGAUUCAUGGACAGCCAUAAUGCAAAGUAUCUGCACCUGUGUGUCAAUAGAUGUCAUGAACAGUUGAGUCCAGAGACAAAAGAGGACCAGGAUCGACUUAUUUGAAAUCAGUCAUUGUUAAUGUGUCUGAUUGGUUCAGUUCUUUGUAUUUAAAGCCACACACAAAACUUGAAUUUCUCACAGCAUUUACAGACUGUAUUUGAAUGGUUGUAUGAAAAAAAAAAAAAAAAAAGUUACAGUUUGGUUCAAAGUACAAUGUUUUCUUUACUUUUUUUUUUUUUUUUUUUCCUAAGCGGUACACAUAGGCUGGAAACAAUUUCAGGACUUUGUAAUAAAACGUGUGCCGAGGGAAGGGGGGAGCUGCCAUGAGGAUGUGUGAGGCACACCUUUGAAAACAAAAAAGUGGUUUAAUUGAGUCCAGAUUUAAAAGAGAAAUCCACCCUGAAACACUGUUAAUAACCAGCAAUUAGUGAUUUAUCUUCCACCUCUGGGUCUUUUUCUGUUAUUUGGCUGGACGGUCUUAUUUUGUUCCAUUCACGUGACGUAAUGGUGAAUUCCAGUGCAGCUACAAUGGAGUAUAAUAGAUCUAAAACAUGAACAGUGAAUGUCAGGUUAUGCGUUUUUUUCUUUUCUUUUGCGUGGUUGUCAUUGCAGUGUGAGAUGAUUUGAGGGUGGAAUUUUCCUUUUUAAAAUCUCAUCGACCACAUCUGGGGGUCUUCCACGUUGAAUCUGUUUGUUUUCCUUUAGCGCUACGUGGUGAUGUUAGUUGCUCAGUUUUUCUCGGGUCAUGUCAGACUCUUGUUAACUCCCUUAUAUGCGUUGACAAUACCAUGUGUUGACACUGAUGAAUGAAACAGUGGAUUUGACUAAGAGCCUCCAUAGCAGGCUUGUGAUGUGACUUUACCUAGGCGUGAUGAUUAAAUCCACACCAUUAAGAGCUACUAUAUUAUUUUUCUAUGUUUAACAAAUUAUUGUCAAUCAAAUUAGCCUGUUUCUUUUCUAAAUAAUUCCUGUUUUUUUGUUUUAUUUUGCCCAGGGGUGGUCCUUUUCAUACAAUAUUUGGUUUGUUUUUGCUGUUUUCAUGCAAGACCUGGUUGUUACCUCAUAUAUUAAUAGGUGAUAUAUGGAUCAGAAACACCAGCAAAUGACUAAAAAGGAUAGUAUCUUACUGUUGUAGGCACAUAACAGGGUAAUUAUAUUGACGUUUGAUUCGUGUAAGCCAUCAUCACAUGUCUCAAUUUAGCUUCAGUGCUGAUAACUUCCUUUUUUUUUUUUGUUUAAUUCAUUGGCAAACAGGAGUAUUUAUAGGAACGUUCAGUCCUUUGAUUACAUGUAAAACAAGUGUUGUGUCACUACAGGGGCCCAUUCACUGAUACUGUACUUCUUACACAUUCAGUAGAUAUGUAUAUUUUGUUUUGCAGUAAUAAAGCAAACAAAUUUUCAUUAAUAUAUGGAAUAUUCAUGUUACUGUACUCAUGAUUGAAUAGAUGUAACCUAAUUUUUCAACCUUUUGUUUUAUCAUACCAAAUUAUAUAUGGACUCUAUGUAAUAAUGCCAUUUUUUCCCCCAUAAAUGCUAAAUGAAAGAUG